UCUUCUCUUCGAGUUGCUAAGAAUCGGGCCUUUAGGAAGAUCGUGAUUGGACGCAGCCUACAGCUUGGCCCAAAACUCGUUCAAGGGGGCAGCCCGGUCAACAAUGGCGGUUUAUAACAUUACAAUACUGGUAGGGAUUGUUAUGCUCAUGGGAGUCUUGUGUGCCGUGGCUGAAGAAUUCCAUUGUCCAGGAGUGGGUAGGUUUCCUGAUCCCAAGUCAUGUGGAGCUUACUAUGACUGCACUCCAAACAAAGCUGGUGGCUAUGAUAUAACCAAGGAUGACUGCAGAGGCUUUACAUACGAUACUGCGACCAGAACCUGUAAUGACAAAUUGUGCGGAACGCGUAGUAAACGCGGUGUGACUCCAGACAACCAUCCUUACUCUCGUCUGUGUGAGAAUUACCCUGAUGGAUUCUUGUGUGCUAACUGCAAGACUGUGGUUGUGUGUGUUAAAGGGCAAGCUUUCACUCGUCGCUGCAUCGAAAAUUUCUACUGCUCUGAGAUGCCCCAGUUUGGCGGUGGUGUUUGCUACCCAGAUGAACCUGUGGAAUGCACCUGUGUAAGGGCGAACAACUUCAUAGUGGACCCCUACGACCCUCAGAGGUUCUAUUCUUGCAGGGAUGUUGGGUCAAAACCAAGUGCCUACAAAUGCCCAGAUGGUAUGGUAUUCGAUGAAUCGGCUAGAGAAUGUCGCAGCACAGAUGAUUUGCCACCGUGCAGCGUUCCUGGAACCUUUGCUAAGCCAAGCAACUGCAGUGAAUACUAUUCGUGUAUUGCCGUGAAAUACGGAUGGCUGCAGAAGGCCUUCACCUGCAGUGCAGGCACAGCGUAUAAUUCUGUAAGUGGUAAUUGUGAAAAUCCUUGUGUUUACCAGCAUGUGUGCCAGCAAGAAGGGCGUUACCCUGACCUUCUGAACAAGCAGAAUUACUUUGAAUGCUACAUGUUGGGUGGUCAGUUAAAACAACUACGUUACCAAUGCCCUGAAAAGUACAGGUGGGAGGUCCUGUCACCAGGUGUGGGCAAGUGUGUAGAAGACCAUGGUUUUGACGGCUCUGAUAGCCCCUUCAGUGAAUGCACAAUACCAAAUGGCAUGUGCUGAAAGGGUCUGAUCAGCCAUACAGACGUGCGUAUCGACGUUAAUUUUAAACGUAUAUUGUUGAUUUUUAAAUAUAUACUGUUAAUUGUUA